AAGUGCACAACCUGGCCCUGGGGGAGAAGCUGCAGAAUCUGGGCUGCUUGAGUGUCUUCACAACAUGGCGUCCGGGAGGCCACGUGACUCUGCAGGCACAUCCAGGGGCAAGGGUGCAGGCACAGAAGAAGCAGAGAGUGAGUAAGAAGUAACCAGAAUGGCGUUUUCCCAGUGGAUGUGACCAAAGCAGAGAGGAUUGGGGGUUAAGAGGGCUUCCAGGGCCUCAAACUGGGCAAGGACCUGGACCUGGAGAUCCUGGAGACCGUCAUGGAGCAGCUGGAUGCCCACAGGAUCCGGGAGAACCUCAGAGAACUCUCCAGGGAGCCACACCUGGCCUCCAGCCCUCGGGAUGAGGACCUGGUGCAGCUGCUGCUGCAGCGCUGGAAGGACCCAGAGUCAGGCCUGGACUCGGCCGAGGCCUCCACGUACGAAGUGCUGCUGUCCUUCCCUAGCCAGGAGCAGCCCAACGUCGUGGACAUCGUGGGCCCCACUGGGGGCAUCAUCCACUCCUGCCACCGGACUGAGGAGAACGUGACCGGGGAGCAAGGGGGGCCAGAUGUGGUACAACCCUAUGCUGCCUAUGCUCCUUCUGGAACCCCACAGGGCCUCCUCGUCUAUGCCAACCGGGGCGCGGAAGAAGACUUUAAGGAGCUACAGACUCAGGGCAUCAAACUUGAAGGCACCAUCGCCCUGACUCGCUAUGGGGGUGUAGGGCGUGGGGCCAAGGCUGUGAACGCUGCCAAGCACGGGAUAGCCGGGGUGCUGGUGUACACAGACCCUGCUGACAUCAACGAUGGGCUGAGCUCACCCGACGAAACCUUUCCCAACUCCUGGUACCUGCCCCCCUCAGGAGUGGAGCGAGGCUCCUACUACGAGUAUUUUGGGGACCCUCUGACUCCCUACCUUCCAGCCGUCCCCUCUUCCUUCCGCGUGGACCUUGCCAAUGUCUCCGGAUUUCCCCCAAUUCCUACACAGCCCAUUGGCUUCCAGGAUGCAAGAGACCUGCUCUGUAACCUCAACGGAACUUUGGCCCCAGCCACCUGGCAGGGAGCACUGGGCUGCCACUACAGGUUGGGUCCCGGCUUCCGGGCUGACGGAGACUUCCCAGCAGACAGCCAGGUGAAUGUGAGCGUCUACAACCGCCUGGAGCUGAGGAACUCUUCCAACGUCCUGGGCAUCAUCCGUGGGGCUGUGGAGCCUGGUGAGCCCUCCUCUUGCUGCCUGCACCCCAGGCCCCUGCUCUGCUCUGGAUGCCGCUGUCCUCAUCCAGCCCUGCCCUUGCCACCACCCAGCCCAGCUCCCCCUGCCCACCUCUCCCUCUCCUCUGGUUCUCUGCCCCUUUUCCUCUGGCCAGAUCGCUACGUGCUGUAUGGGAACCACCGAGACAGCUGGGUGCACGGGGCUGUGGACCCCAGCAGUGGCACCGCCAUCCUCCUGGAGCUCUCCCGUGUCCUGGGGACCCUGCUGAAGAAGGGCACCUGGCGUCCUCGCAGAUCAAUCGUGUUUGCGAGCUGGGGGGCUGAGGAGUUUGGGCUCAUUGGCUCCACGGAAUUCACAGAAGAGUUCUUCAACAAGCUGCAGGAGCGCACGGUGGCCUACAUCAACGUGGACAUCUCGGUGUUUGCCAACGCUACCCUUAGGGUGCAGGGGACGCCCCCUGUCCAGAGUGUCGUCUUCUCUGCAACCAAAGAGAUCCGCUCACCAGGCCCUGGCGACCUGAGCAUCUACGACAACUGGAUCCGGUACUUCAACCGCAGCAGCCCGGUGUACGGCCUGGUCCCCAGCUUGGGUUCUCUGGGUGCUGGCAGCGACUAUGCACCCUUCAUUCACUUCCUGGGCAUCUCCUCCAUGGACAUCGCCUAUACGUAUGACCGGAGCAAGACUUCAGCCAGGAUCUACCCCACCUACCAUACAGCCUUUGACACCUUUGACUAUGUGGACAAGUUUUUGGACCCAGGCUUCAGCAGCCAUCAGGCUGUGGCCCGGACAGCGGGGAGUGUGAUUCUCCGGCUCAGUGACAGCUUCUUCCUGCCCCUCAAAGUCAGUGACUACAGUGAGACACUCCGCAGCUUCCUGCAGGCAGCCCAGCAAGAUCUCGGGGCCCUGCUGGAGCAGCACAGCAUCAGCCUGGGGCCUCUGGUGACUGCAGUGGAGAAGUUUGAGGCAGAAGCUGCAGCCUUGGGCCAACGCAUAUCAACACUGCAGAAGGGCAGCCCUGACCCCCUGCAGGUCCGGAUGCUCAAUGACCAGUUGAUGCUCUUGGAACGGACCUUUCUGAACCCUAGAGCCUUCCCAGAGGAACGCUACUACAGCCAUGUGCUCUGGGCACCUCGCACGGGCUCCGUAGUCACAUUCCCGGGCCUAUCCAAUGCCUGCUCCAGGGCCAGGGACACAGCUUCUGGAUCUGAAGCUUGGGCUGAGGUCCAGAGACAGCUCAGCAUUGUGGUGACAGCCCUGGAGGGUGCGGCAGCCACCCUGAGGCCUGUGGCUGACCUCUGACCCCAGCCCUCUUUCUUCAGCCCUCCCUUUACUCCAACCCUCUCCUGCCUGCUUUCCUGAGAUGUCCUGGUCUUCCUUGGUGCCAGAAGGGGGCACUACCACAGGACCCUCUCAAGCUUCUCAGGCAACAGCUUGAGGUCCCUGAGGGGAGUGGCAAGCCCUAAUGCAACUCACCCUCAUCCUGGUGCUUAGGUGGCAGAGGGUGGGCAGCAGGGGACAGGGAUGGGAUGGCAAAACCACCAACUGCCCUUGGUGGCGGGUGGGUGGAGAUGGGAUGCAUGCCAACCUCAGAUGCCAACUCAGGUCAUCAAGGCCAAGGACCAGUGGCGAAAGUGAGUCUUGGGGUACCUUAGGCCUUGCCUAGUCUGCGUUCCUCUCCCUGCAUGCUGUGUAUCCUAACUCCCUACAACAGCCCCUCAAAUAAAUCACAUCUAGUGACUGGUA